CACACCUACACAGAGAGAGAGAGACAGAGAGGGGUGUGUUGCGCGUGUUACCCAUACAGUAGUGUGGGUGGGCGUCACUAAGUGGAGCUCAGUCAGUGAGCUGCAUGUGCACUGUUGAGGUGUGCUGCUCACUUUGACUUUUCUUUUUUGCCUUUUUUGCGCUUUUUCUCGUCCUUUUGCUUUUUGCUUGGAGGACGCCACUUGUGGCUUUUUCUUCAUUAGUCUGAUUCAUUCUUACCAACCACUUUGUUUUUUCAAGUCAUCCUUUUUUUAGAUUUUAUUUCUGGCAACUUUUUUUUUUGCUGUGAGUGCUAAGGAAAGGUAGGAGGGGCUGUGUGGAGUAGUGUUCUCUCUCUCUCUCUUUCUCUCUCUCUCUCUCUCUCUCUCUCUCUCUCUCUCUCUCUUUCUCUCUCUCUCUCUUUCUGCCUCUUUUGCGCUCUCUUUUUCCUUUGCAUUUAUUUUCUGACUCUCUCUCUCUCUCUCCACUCCCCUUCUCUUCCUCCUCUCUCUCUCUCUCCCUCCCUCCCUCCCUCCCUGUCUCGCUCUCUCACCCCCUCCCUCGCCUGUCACUGCUGCUCAGCUAGCCCAGACAGUGUUCACUUCCCAGGAAGGCUGAGUGAGGGAUACAACAGUUCUCUUUUCACUCAGUCUCUGGAGUUUGUUUUAAGUCUUCCCUCAAGGAAGUUUUUUUUUUUUUGAGAAGCGAAUUGAACAGACUUUCUUCCCCUUUACUUACUCGGGGAAGCACUUAAAGAGAAGAGGACAAAGGACAGAAGAGAAGACAACUGGACAGAGCGGGAACAGCAACACACACAGAGGAACCCACUCACUCACUCUCACACUCUCCUUCAUUGCAUUGGUGGAAGCACGUGGCAGCCGGCUCUGCCACUGGACCCUAACUCGCAGACAGAAAGAGAAGAGUGAGGUCAUUAUUUAAUUCAUUCUCCUGCUUGGCAGUGCUGCCUGCGCCCGCCGUGCUGUGCCUGAGAGUCUGUGUGCUUUUGCCAUAGUUAGUCAGUCAGUCAGCCAGUCCUACUUGAGGAACAAACACAGCCGCAACCAUGGUGGCGGGAAUGGUGAUGCCCCUCGCCGACCUGAGGGCGAUCUACGAGCUGCUUUUCCGCGAUGGCGUCAUGGUGGCCAAGAAGGACAAGCGUCCGCAGACCAUGCACCCCGACGUCCGCGGGCUGAAGAAUCUGCAGGUGAUUCGUGCCAUGGGCUCGCUGAAGUCCAGGGGUUACGUGCGGGAGACCUUUGCGUGGAGGCACUUCUACUGGUACCUGACCAAUGAAGGGAUUGUUUACCUGCGGGAGUUUUUGCACCUGCCACCCGAGAUCGUGCCAACCCCUCUCCAGCGUGUACGUCGUCCAGCUGCUACCUUGGCACUCGCCCACCGGGCGGCUAGGGUCCAAUCUGUGGAGGGUCCAACGUCGUACGUUCCUAAACCCGGAAGCAGACCUGGAGCAGAGAGCCAGGAGGCCUUGCUGGAGCGCCAGGGAUACAGGCACAAGAGGAUGGGAGGUGUCGCGGACGAAGACAGGAUUGACAGGACCCCUCGGUUCAGAGGUCGUCCAAUGGCUGCGCUGGAGAAAGAGAAAGAGAAGCCCAGAGCAUCAUGGGAUACUAGCAGGGACCAAGCUCAGCCCCCUAUGAGAAACGGUCGAGCCUCCUCCCGGUCUGAGGUCACCAUGGAGACCGCAUCCCAGAAGCCUUUGCUGAAUGAUGUCAGCAGCAGCACCAAGUCGACUUCAGUGUUUACAGUAGAGGAGAAGAUUGUUUCAGCUAGCCACGUGGUUAGCACCAAGACCAUUAAGACCACAUCAGCGGCCUUCUCGGAUCUGCCAGUCAUCAAUGGAGAACAAAUCACUGUGGCUGCGGCUGUCACUGCAGCAGGAGCAGUCGGAGCAGCAGUGGGAGUGGCGUCUGCCUUGAAAUUAACCAAAGAGCUGCAGAAAAAAGAAGUGCCUAUUCCAGUGCCUCAGGAAACAGCCAAACUCACCCAAACUGCCAAAAAACAGCCAGACAUGGCUCCUGCUGCUGCUGAAAAUGUGGAGAAACCAAAGAAAAACACAGCAGACAAACCCAAGGCCAAAGAACAGACACCUAAACCUGAUGACACUGUCAUUGAAGCAAAAACCAUCAGUGUUGAAGAGAUAAAAGAGGUGGUGGUCAAUGAAACAGCAUCUACAGCCAUUAACACAGAUGCUGUGCCACAAAAAAAGGAAAAGAAGAAGAGCCUCAAAAAGGAAAAAGAGGUUAAGCUUACACAGGAACCAGCAGAGAGCAGUACUGUUACAAAAGUGCCAGAAGCCCCAGUAAAACUGGCCGAGCCUGAGGCCAAAAUUGUUGUCCAGCAGGAGGCAGAGGUCAAAAAGGUCAGCGCAGUUCCUGACGUAAAUAUGCCAAAUGCAGCAUCUUCCCUGGAGGUGGUGACAGUGGCAACAGAAGUCUCUAAGCAGCCUGAAGCCACCCCAGAAGUGACAGAAGAUGCCUCUUUGCCGCCUGCUGCAGAACAGGCUGGACCACCCACUGUGCAUAUAGAGACAACAGUGGUAGAGGAGAAAAAAAUAUGUGUCAUUGAAUUGAAUCAAGAAACUGCCGAAACGAAAUUGUCUGCAGUUCAAGCAACACCACCCCCAAUAAUAAAACCAGCUGACAUCUCACCCGACACAGCUGAGACUGCGAGUGCAGGGGCCGAGUCUCCAGUGAAGGUCUCAAAGUCAAAAAAGAAAAAGAAAACUACUCCCCCUAGUACCGCUGUUGUGGAAACAGUCGUGACCCCUUCACCUGUGACAGAGCCGGAGGCGACAAAGGUGACCGAGUGCACCGUCAAAGAUGACCGUGCCGAAUGCCCACUGCCAACAACAAUAACAGAUGACAGUGCAGAGAUACCUUCAGCUGGAAUGUGCUCUGCUGAGGAAGAAGCCUGUCAGGCGGCAGCUGAACACACGGAGGCCCCAGCACACAAAGGGGAGGUGGAGCCAGUCGCUCAGCUCGGUGCGGAAAAAAUCAAGCGGGAGGUCCUGAAAGAGAAAACAUCCUCCUUGCAUAGUGAAGCACCCGCAGCAGCAGCAACAGCCCCAGCCCCUGUGUCAGCGUCAGCAACAGCUACAGCAACAGGCUCAGCUCACAAGACCAGCCCCCGGACGACCAGCGAGGAGCAGGGGGAACCUCCCAGCGUUGCACAACAACACACAGCCGAUCUAGCUGCCUCGGCCACCGUUACUGCUGUUGCUGCUCCUGCUCCUGCAGCCACAGCAGAGACCGAAACAGGACACCGGGAGGAAAAGCUCCCCCACGACCAGGCCGUUGUUGAGCAGGGCAAGAGUGAGGAGGACCAGACAGUCGCAGACGCAGACGCAGACGCAGACGCAGACGCAGCCAUGCGUAAGAAAAUAGUUGUGGUGGAGGAGGUUAUCGAAGUGCAGCAGAUAGCCAACCCAGCUGUAACGGUGACACCAGGGACGCCGCCUGCAUCGGCCCCGGUACCUGAGACCGAUGACUUGGACUAUGAUGUGCUGGAGCAGCUGGCUAUGGAGAGGGCUCUGCUGGCCGGCGGAGCCAUGGUCAACCCGCGCACCCUCUCCCCGGAGGAAGAAGAUGAAUGGGACCAUUCCCUGGAAGAGCCGGAGGAGAAGACCUGGCCAAACUUCCAGGAAGAUGAGCGGGACCGAGUACAGAAAAAGACCUUCACAAAAUGGGUGAACAAGCACCUUAUAAAGCAUUGGAGAGUUGAGGCCCAGCGUCAUGUGAGUGAUCUGUAUGAAGAUCUCCGAGAUGGACACAACCUGAUUUCCCUGCUGGAGGUGUUGUCAGGGGAGACGCUGCCCAGAGAGAAAGGCCGCAUGCGAUUCCACAAGCUGCAGAAUGUACAGAUAGCACUGGAUUUCCUGAGACACCGGCAGGUCAAGCUGGUGAACAUCAGAAAUGACGACAUUGCCGAUGGCAACCCCAAGCUCACGCUGGGUCUCAUAUGGACCAUCAUCCUCCACUUCCAGAUUUCAGAUAUCCAGGUCAACGGCCAGUCAGAUGACAUGUCGGCCAAGGAGAAGCUGCUGCUGUGGUCCCAGCGCAUGGUGGAGGGCUACCCAGGCCUCCGCUGUGACAACUUCACCACCAGCUGGCGAGACGGCAAGCUCUUCAACGCAGUCAUCCACAAACACGAACCCCGACUCAUUGACAUGAGCCAGGUGUACCGCCAGACCAACAUCGAGAACCUGGAGCAUGCGUUCAACGUGGCAGAGAGAGACCUGGGUGUGACUCGCCUGCUGGACCCAGAGGAUGUGGAUGUGCCACACCCCGAUGAGAAGUCCAUCAUCACCUAUGUGUCUUCCCUCUACGAUGCCAUGCCCAGAGUCCCCGACGUCCAGGACGGCAUCAAGGCCAACGAGCUGGAGCUCCGCUGGCAGGAGUACUAUGAGCUGGUGACCAUCCUGCUGCAGUGGGUCCGCCACCACAUCCACAUCUUCGAGGAGCGCAAGUUCGGCUCCAGCUACGAGGAAGUCGAGAUCAUUUGGCGCCAGUUCUUGAAAUUCAAAGAGACAGAGCUCCCAGGAAAAGAGGCCGAUAAGAACCGCUCAAAGCUCAUCUACCAGUCCUUUGAGGGGGCGGUACAGGCUGGCCAGAUCAAGGUUCCUCCAGGUUACCACCCGAUCGACGUAGAGAAGGAAUGGGGUCGCCUGCACGUGUCCAUCCUUGAGCGAGAGAAGCUGCUGAGAAUUGAGUUUGAAAGACUCGAACGGCUGCAGAGGAUCGUAUCUAAAGUGCAGAUGGAGUCCGGCGUUUGCGAGGAACAGCUGAACCAGCUGGAAAGCCUGCUUCAAUCGGAUAUCCGUCUCCUGAGUGCCGGGAAGUCUGCCCUGCACGCUGCUGAGGUGGAGCGGGACCUGGACAAGGCCGACGGCAUGAUCCGCCUGCUCUUCAACGACGUGCAGAUCCUCAAGGACGGGCGCCACCUGCAGGCUGAGCAGAUGUACCGCAGGGUCUACCGCCUGCAUGAGCGUCUGGUGAACCUGCGUAGCGAGUACAACCUGCGCCUGAAGGCAGCACCCGCCCCCCAGGUCACCAUGGCACAGGCCAACCUGUCACAGGCCACACAGCAACAGUCAUCCAUGAAGAUGCGUCCCGAGCUGGACGAGGUGACUCUGCGCUACGCCCAGGACCUGCUGGCCUGGGUGGAAGAGAACCAGCGCCGCAUCGACGGGGCCGAGUGGGGCACCGACCUGCCCACCGUGGAGUCGCAGCUGGGCAGCCACCGCGGCCUGCACCAGACCGUGGAGGACUUCCGCGCCAAGAUCGAGCGGGCGCGCUCUGACGAGAGCCAGCUGUCGCCAAUUAGCAAAGGCACAUACAGCAACUACCUUGGCAAGCUGGACCUUCAGUAUGCCAAGCUGUUGAACUCGUCUAAGUCACGUCUCCGCAACCUGGAGUCCCUCCAUGCCUUUGUCAGUGCCGCCACCAAGGAGCUGAUGUGGCUUAACGACAAGGAGGAGGAGGAGGUCAACUUUGACUGGAGCGACCGCAACGCCAAUGUGGUGGCCAAGAAAGAGAACUACUCUGGCUUGAUGCGGGAGCUGGAGGGGAGAGAGAGGAAGGUCAAUGACAUCCAGGCCACUGGAGACAAGCUCAUCAAGGAGGGCCACCCCGGCAAGAAGACAGUGGAGGCUUUCACGGCAGCCUUGCAGACGCAGUGGAGCUGGAUCCUGCAGCUGUGCUGUUGCAUCGAAGCUCACCUCAAAGAGAACACUGCCUACUAUCAGUUCUUCGCUGACGUUAAAGAGACAGAGGAGAAGUUGAAGAAGAAGCAGGAAACCAUGAAGAAGAAGUACACAUGCGACCGCUCCACCACAGCCACUCGCCUGGAGGACCUUCUGCAGGAUGCCAUGGAGGAGAAAGAGCAGCACAAUGAGUUGAAGAACCAGAUCUCCAGCCUGAACAAGCGGGCGAAGACCAUCAUCCAGCUGAAGCCUCGUAAUCCCACCACUCCCAUCAAGGGCAAACUGCCCAUCCAGGCCGUCUGUGACUUCAAGCAGAUGGAGAUCACCGUGCACAAGGGCGAUGAGUGUGCGCUGCUCAACAACUCUCAGCCCUUCAAGUGGAAAGUGCUGAAUCGCUCUGGAGACGAGGCCGUGGUUCCCUCCGUCUGCUUCCUCAUCCCACCUGUCAACAAGGAGGCUGUCGAGGGUGUCUCCAACCUGGACUCGAGCCUCCAGCAGAUGACAACCUACUGGUCUACUCUCUACAUCAACAUGAAGAGCAUGCUGUCUUGGCAGUACCUGAUGAAAGACAUCACGCUCAUACGCUCCUGGAACAUCGUCAUGUUCAAGACCAUGAAGGCGGAUGAGUACAGGCUGGCUCUGAGGAACCUGGAGCUGCAUUAUCAGGACUUCCUGAAGGACAGCCAAGACUCGCAGGCGUUUGGGGCCGACGACCGGCUGCAGAUCGAAAAUGACUACAAGAAGACCACACAGCACUACCAGACUCUGAUUAGCACUUUGGAAAAAGGAGCGGCGGUCAAAGCCAAGGGUGAACAGGAUGAGUCUGCAUGCAAGACGUGCAUCACUCAGGUCAAGGACUUGCGUCUGCAGAUUGAGGACGUUGAGGCUCGCACCAUCGCCAGAAUUCGCCAACCUGUGGACAAGGAGCCACUGAAAGACUGCGCCCGCAAGACUACCGAGCAGAAGAGGGAUCAUACGCAGCUGGAGGGCAUCAAGAAGAAUCUGGACGUGGUGACCGGAAAAGCCCAGGAGGUCUUGGCAGCACCUGAGCAGGCCAGCACGCCAGUGCUGCGUUCCGAGCUGGAGAUCACCUUGCAGAAGAUGGAUCAGGUCUACAGCCUGUCCUCUGUCUACCUGGAGAAACUGAAGACGGUAGACGUUGUGAUCCGCAACUCGCAAGGAGCGGAGGAUGUUCUCAAGAAGUAUGAGAACCGCCUCCGCGAAGUUCACAAGGUCCCGACAGACGUCAAGGAGGUGGAGACCUACCGUACCGAACUGAAGAAAAUGCGCAAGGACGCCGAGGCCGAGCAGCCGGUGUUCGACGGCCUGGAGGGCGAGCUGGGUAAAACCGCGUCCGUCAGCCAGCGCAUGUCUCGCAUGCACAGCGAGCGCGACGUGGAGCUUGACCACUACAGGCAGCUCCAGAGCAGCCUGAGCGACCGCUGGCAGGCCGUGUUUGCCCAGAUCGACCUGCGCCUGCGCGAACUGGAUCAGCUCGGCAGGCAGCUCGGCUACUACCGGGAGAGCUACGACUGGCUCAUCAAGUGGAUCGGCGACGCCAAGCAGAGGCAAGAGAAGAUCCAGGCCGUGCCCAUCACGGACAGCAAGACGCUCAAGGAGCAACUGGCCCAGGAGAAGAAACUUCUGGAGGAGAUUGAAAAGAACAAGGAAAAGGUUGAUGAGUGUCAGAAAUAUGCCAAAUCUUACAUUGACACCAUCAAGGACUAUGAACUGCAGCUGGUUGCUUACAAAGCCCAGGUGGAGCCAUUGACAUCCCCCCUGAAGAAGACCAAAAUGGACUCUGCAUCUGACAACAUCAUUCAAGAGUAUGUUACUCUUAGAACCCGCUACAGUGAGCUGAUGACUCUCACGAGUCAGUACAUCAAGUUCAUCACGGACACGCAGCGCCGCCUAGAGGAGGAGGAGAAAGCUGCCGAGAAACUUAAAGCGGAAGAAAGGAAAAAAAUGGCCGAAAUGCAGGCCGAGUUAGACAAACAAAAGCAGCUAGCGGAGGCUCACGCAAAGGCCAUUGCCAAAGCCGAAAAAGAGGCCCAGGCACUGAAGCUCAUGAUGCAGGAAGAGGUUAGCAAGAGAGAGGUAGUAGCCUUGGACGCAGAGAAGCAGAAGCACAACAUUCAGCAAGAGCUACACGAGCUGAAGAACCUCUCGGAGCAGCAGAUCAAGUCCAAGAGCCAGCAGGUUGAGGACGCCCUACAGAGCCGAACUAAGAUCGAAGAGGAGAUCCGUAUCAUCAGGAUCCAACUGGAGACGACCAUGAAACAGAAAGGCACAGCGGAAACCGAACUGAAGCAGCUCAGAGACAGAGCGGCUGAGGCGGAGAAACAAAGAAAAUCAGCUCAAGAUGAGGCUGAGAAGCUGCGAAAACAGGUCAGCGACGAGACACAGAAAAAGCGCAAGGCCGAGGAGGAACUCAAGCUCAAAUCUGAGGCAGAGAAGGAAGCUGCCAAGCACAAACAGAGGGCCUUGGAAGAUCUUGACAAACUGAAAAUGCAGGCAGAAGAGGCAGAAAGACAGAUGAAACAGGCAGAGGUCGAAAAGAACAGACAGAUCAAAUUAGCUCACGAAGCAGCUCAAAAAAGUGCCGCAGCAGAACUCCAGAGCAAGCGUAUGUCCUUCGUCGAAAAGACUUCAAAACUAGAAGAGUCCCUCAAGCAAGAGCACGGCACUGUUCUUCAGCUGCAACAAGAGGCAGAGCGUCUGAAGAAGCAGCAAGGGGAAGCUGACAGUGCCAGAGAAGAUGCAGAAAAGGAACUGGAAAAAUGGAGGCAGAAGGCGAACGAGGCUCUCCGUCUCCGACUCCAGGCUGAAGAAGAGGCUCAUAAGAAGACAGUUGCCCAGGAAGAGGCUGAAAAACAGAAAGAAGAUGCCGAACGAGAGGCCAAGAAGAGGGCCAAGGCAGAGGAAUCUGCUCUGAAACAGAAGGACAUGGCUGAACAGGAGCUUGAGAGGCAAAGAAAGCUAGCUGAGACAACGGCACAGCAGAAGUUCUCAGCUGAGCAAGAGCUUAUCCGUUUGAGAGCUGAUUUUGAUCAUGCAGAACAACAGAGGUCUGUACUAGAUGACGAACUUUACCGCCUCAAAAAUGAAGUCAGUGCUGCAGAACAACAAAAGAAACAUCUUCAAGAUGAACUUUCCAAGGUGAAAAGUGAAAUGGACAUUCUUCUAAAACAGAAAGCCAAGGCUGAGCAAGACAGCAUGUCCAACACAGAGAAGAGCAAGCAGCUCCUUGAGGCAGAGGCAGCAAAAAUGCGAGACCUUGCUGAUGAAGCAUCUAAACUCCGUGCCAUUUGUGAGGAAGCCAAGAGACAGAGGCAGAUUGCGGAAGAGGAAGCUGCCCGGCAAAGAUCAGAGGCCGAGAGAAUCCUGAAAGAAAAACUUGCAGCAAUAAAUGAGGCAACUCGCCUUAAAACAGAAGCCGAGAUUGCCCUAAAAGAAAAAGAAGCAGAAAAUGAACGCCUUAGGAGACAAGCUGAAGACGAGGCCUACCAGAGGAAAGCUCUUGAAGAUCAAGCCACUCAGCACAAACAAGAUAUUGAGGAAAAGAUAGUCCACUUGAAGAAGUCCUCUGAAGCCGAAUUGGAUAGACAAAAAGCCAUUGUUGAUGAUACUCUCAAGCAGAGAAGAAUUGUAGAGGAGGAAAUCCGUGUCCUCAAGCUGAACUUUGAGAAGGCCUCAUCUGGAAAGCUUGACUUAGAGCUGGAAUUGAACAAACUCAAGAACAUCGCAGACGAAACACAGCAAACCAAAAUCCAGGCUGAAAAGGAAGCCGAGAAGUUGAGAAAGCUUGCAUUAGAAGAGGAAAAUAAAAGGAGAGAGGCUGAAGAAAAAGUUAAGAAAAUUGCCGCUGCAGAACAAGAGGCAGCUCGUCAACGGCAGUUAGCCCAAGAAGAAGUGGAUCGCCUCAAAAAGAAAGCAGCCGAGGCCAAUAAGCAGAAAGAAGACGCAGACAAAGAGGCAGAGAGGCAAAUCCUUGCAGCCAAAGAGGCUGCGCAGAAAUGCAGUGCUGCUGAGCAGCAAGUGCACAGCAUCCUUAACCAGCAAAAAGAAGACAGUAUUGUUCAGAAAAAGCUGAAACAAGAAUUUGAGAAAGCCAAAAAGCUUGCCAAAGAGGCUGAAAAGGCUAAAGAAAAGGCAGAGAAAGAGGCUGCCCUCCUGCGUCAACAAGCAGAGGAUGCUGAACGUCAGAAAAAGGCAGCAGAGGUUGAAGCUGCCAAUCAAGCCAAAGCCCAAGAAGACGCUGAAAGGCUGAGAAAGGAGGCAGAACUGGAGGCUGCAAAGAGAGCUCAAGCAGAGGCAGCAGCACUCAAGCAGAAAAAACAGGCAGAUGCAGACAUGGCUAAGCAUAAGCAGCUAGCAGAGCAAACCUUGAAGCAAAAGUCUCAAGUUGAGCAAGAACUCGCUAAAGUCAAACUGCAGCUUGAUGAGACCGAUAAACAGAAGUCUCUUUUGGAUGGUGAACUUGGGCGUCUUAAGGACGAAGUCAGUGAUGCUGUUCAACAAAAGGCUCAAGUGGAGGAAGAACUGUUCAAGGUCAAAAUUCAAAUGGAGGAACUGAUGAAAUUGAAGCUGAAAAUUGAGGAAGAGAAUAAGCGCCUUAUCAAAAAGGACAAAGACAACACACAAAAGUUCCUUGCUGAAGAGGCUAAGAACAUGAAGAAGGUGGCGGAGGAUGCUGCGAGACUUAGCGUUGGGGCUCAGGAGGCAGCGCGCAUGAGGCAGAUUGCAGAGGACGAUCUUGCUCAACAACGGUCUCUUGCAGAAAAGGUCCUCAAGGAAAAAAUGCAAGCCAUUCAGGAGGCAUCUAAGCUUAGAGCCGAGGCAGAAAUGCUCCAGAAGCAGAGGGAGUUAGCUCAAGAACAGGCUCAGAAACUGCUCCAAGACAAACAGCAGAUGCAGCAACGCCUUGAUGAUGAGAUGGAAGGCUUUCAGAAAUCUUUGGAAGCUGAACGCAAGAGGCAAUUGCAGAUAACCGCUGAGGCAGAGAAACUCAAACUGCAGGUGUCUACCCUCAGCGAUGCUCAGGCUAGAGCCGAGGCAGAGGCCAAAAAGUUCAAGAAACAGGCAGAUGAGAUCAGUGCCCGCCUUCAUGAGACAGAACUCUCAACCAAGGAGAAGAUGACUAUCGUGGAAAAGCUUGAAGUUCAGAGGCUAAGCAGUAACAAAGAAGCCGACGACCUUCGCACAGCCAUCGCCGAACUUGAGAAAGAGAAGGCUAGACUGAAAAAGGAAGCUCAAGACUUGCAAAAUAAGUCUAAAGAGAUGGCGAAUGCACAACAGGAGCAGAUGAAGCAAGAAAAGACCCUCCUCCAGCAAACCUUCAUUGCUGAGAAAGAAGAGCUGCUUAAAAAAGAAAAGCUCAUCGAAGAUGAGAAGAAAAAGCUAGAGAGUCAGUUUGAAGAAGAGGUCAGAAAAGCAAAGGCUCUCAAAGACGAGCAGGAACAGCAGAGAAAGAAAAUGGAGGAAGAAAAGAAGUCGCUCCAGGCCACAAUGGAUGCCGCCCUCAAGAAACAGCAAGAAGCCGAGCAGGAGAUGCUCAAUAAGCAGAGGGAGAUGCAGGAACUUGCCAAAAAGAAGCAGGAGCAAGAGAAAAUGCUCGAGGAAGAAAACAAGAAGCUCAGAGAGAAGCUGCAGCAGAUGGAAGAAGUUCAGCAGCAGGCAUCCAUUACACGUGAGAUGCAAAUUCAAACAGACCAUGUGCCUGAGGGAGAGCUGGUGCAUAUGACCAUGGUGGAGACAACGAGAAAAGUCCUCAAUGGCCAGAGCACUGGUGAUGACGUGGACGGCCGAAACGGAGAGUCUCCAUUGUCAUUUGAUGGCAUUCGUGAAAAAGUACCAGCAAGCAGACUCUUUGAGGUUGGACUUCUGAGCAAGAAAGAAUAUGACAAAUUGAAAAAGGGCAAAACUACUGUGCAAGAUCUCAGCCAAACAGACAAACUUAAGACAAUCCUUAAAGGCAACAACUGCAUCGCUGGCCUUCAAGUGCAUCCAAACCAGAAAAUGUCCAUCUAUCAAGCGAUGAAAGACAUGAAAAUCUCCCAAAGCAUGGGGUUAAUUCUUCUGGAAGCUCAGGCAGCAUCCGGAUUCCUAGUAGACCCCAUUAAAAACAAAAAGCUGACAGUGAAUGAAGCUGUAAAAGAAGGACUCAUAGGACCAGAACUACAUAACAAACUCCUCUCUGCUGAAAGAGCUGCAAGCGGGUAUAAAGAUCCUUACACAGGUGGCAAGAUUUCAACCUUCGAGGCUAUGAAAAAGGGUCUUAUCACAGACAGUGAGGCCAUCAGAUUCCUUGAUGCCCAGAUGGCAACAGGUGGAAUCAUUGACCCAGUCAACAGUCACCGUGUGCCCAAUGAAACUGCAUACAAACAGGGUUGCCUAGAUGCAGACACUAACAAAAUUCUUGAGAAGCCCACAGAUGACACCAAAGGUUACUUUGACCCCAAUACCCAGGAAAACGUCACAUAUAAACAGUUGAUGGAUAAAUGUACAAAGGAUUCUGAAACAGGGCUGCUGCUCUUGCCCAUCUCUGAGAGCGCUGCACUCAGUGUAAGAACAUACACUGAUGAAGAAACAAAAGAUGUCUUCAACAAGACAAAUGUCUCUGUGCCAUUUGGAAAGUUCAAGGGGAAAACUGUUACAAUCUGGGAAAUCAUCAACUCAGAGUAUUUCACAGAUGAUCAGAGAAAGGAUCUUAUCCGCCAAUACAAGACAGGAAAAAUCACAAUUGAGAAAAUCAUCAAGAUUGUCAUAACUGUUGCAGAGGAGAAAGAGAAAAAGAAUGAAAUUACAUUUGAAGGUCUCAGAACCCCUGUUCCUGCCGCUGAACUGCUGGAAUCUAAAAUCAUCGACAAAGACCUUUACAACAAAUUACACAAGGGAAACAAAACAGUCAAGGAAGUCUCUGAGAUGGACCAUGUCCACAAGUCCCUGAAAGGCACCAACUGCAUUGCCGGUGUAGUCAUUGACUCAACCAAAGAAACACUGUCCUUGUACCAGGCCUUGAAGCGAGAUGUGAUGAGACCUGUUCAUGCCCUAAAUCUACUGGAAGCACAGGCUGCAACUGGGUUCAUGGUUGACCCUGUUAAGAAUCAGAAGUACACUGUAGACGAGGCAGUCAAGGCAGGUUUAGUUGGCCCAGAACUCCAUGAGAAACUGUUGUCUGCUGAAAGAGCAGUCACCGGUUACAAGGAUCCUUAUACUGGCAAGACUGUGUCAUUGUUUGAGGCCAUGACUAAGGACCUCAUCAGCAAAGAUCAGGGAAUCAGACUUCUAGAUGCACAGAUGACGACGGGAGGUAUUAUUGAUCCAGUACAAAGCCAUCGCAUUCCACAUGAUGUGGCCUGCAAGCGUGGAUACUUUGAUGAUCAGACCAACAAAAUCCUGAGCACUCCGACAGAUGAUAUCAAAGGAUUCUAUGAUCCCAACACUCAAGAAAAUAUCACAUACAUGCAGCUCCACAAGAGAUGUGUCACAGACAAAAAGACCGGUCUUCAGCUUCUCCCACUCUCUGAUCAAGCCAUAAACUCAAAGGAGGAACAUAAAUACACAGAGGCACAGACUAAGGAUGCCAUGAGUCAGGCGACAAUGGAGGUUGACAGCGGCCCAUUCAAAGGUAGAAAAGUUACCAUUUGGGAGAUCCUUCACUCUGACUAUCUUACUGAGGAACAGAGACAAGAUCUCAUGAGACAGUACAGGUCUGGAAAAGUCACAAUUGAAAAAAUUAUAAAGAUUGUCAUCACGGUUGUAAAUGAGAAGGAAGCCAAGAAACAGGAGAAAGGCAACUUCAAAGGACUCAGAACUACAGCACCUGCCAAGUCGCUGCUGGACUCUAAAAUCAUUGACAAAGCUACCUUUGAUGCUGUUAUGCAAGGCAAAAAGACAGCAGAGGAGGUUAGCAAAGAUGCAUCUGUCAAUAAAUACCUCCAGGGUUCAGACAGCAUCGCUGGUAUCUACAAUGACCAGGCUAAAGAGAAGCUCAGCAUUUACCAAGCCAUUAAUAAGAAGCUCCUUAGACAGGCCACUGGCGUGACACUGCUUGAGGCACAGGCAGCCACGGGAUUCCUUGUUGACCCAGUGAAAAAUCAGUUCUUGACUGUAGAUGAGGCUGUGAAAUCAGGCCUUGUGGGCCCUGAGCUUCAUGAGAAACUGCUCUCCGCUGAAAAGGCAGUGACUGGUUACAAAGACCCAUAUACUGGAAACAAGAUCUCCAUCUUCCAAGCUAUGCAGAAAGGACUGAUUCCUAAGGAACAAGCGAUGCCCCUCCUGGAGGCACAGAUGGUCACUGGUGGAAUCAUCGAUCCAGUAAACAGCCACCGUCUUCCCAUAGACGUGGCAAUCCAACGCGGACUUUUCAGUAAAGAAGUGGCCAACACACUCUCAGAGGCGUCAGAUGACAACAAACGGUUCUCUGACCCCACAACAGAUGAGAGUGUGUCAUACAAGCAGCUGAAAGAUAAGUGUAAGCGUGACUCAGACACAGGCCUUUGUCUCUUGACUCUUUCCAAACCACAAGCACCAACAAUAGUUGAAAAGACUUACCUGUACACUGAGGAGCAGACUCAGCAUGACCUGGCCACCACCCAGGUUGACCUCCCAAUUGAAGGCCUCGGAGACAAGCCCAUGACCCUUUGGGAUAUCAUGAACUCCAAUCUACUCCCAGAGUCCGAAAGGUCAAAACUCAUGGAGGAAUACCGUUCUGGCCAAAUAACCAAAGAGCGCAUGAUAAUCAUCAUCAUUGAGAUCAUGGAACAGAGAGAGAUCAUCAGAGGGGAGAACAUUAAGACAUGUAACACAAUUAGACGAAGAAUCACAAUUGAUGAGCUAUACAGUGCUCGCAUCAUCGACCAAGAAAUGUAUAACUUGUUGAAACAGGAGAAAAAGACCAUCCGAGAAAUCAUGGAAUUGCAGAGUGUGAAGAGGUACUUGUAUGGCACAGGCAGUGUUGCUGGAGUCACAACAGACUCAAACAGCAGGAUUUCCAUCUACGAGGCAAUGAAGAGGGGUCUACUGAAGUCAGAGGUAGCAAUGACUCUUUUGGAGGCUCAAGCUGCAACUGGAUUUAUUGUAGAUCCUGUCAAAAACGAGAUGCUCACAGUCGACGAAGCUGUCCGUAAAGGUGUUGUCGGCCCAGAGAUCCAUGAUAGACUCCUGUCUGCUGAGAGAGCAGUAACUGGUUACAGAGACCCAUACAGUGGGAAGAUCAUCUCUCUCUUCCAAGCCAUGAAAAAGAACCUUGUCCCUGAGGAGUAUGCCCUGAAGCUUCUCGAGGCCCAAACUGCCACGGGUGGUAUAAUGGACCCUGAAUUCUAUUUCCACCUUCCCUCUGAUGUCGCCACACACCGUGGUUACAUUAACAGGGAGACCAUGGAAAGGCUGUCUGACGAGGUGAAGGGAUAUCUUGACCCCCUCACUGAAGAAGAAUUGACCUACGCAAAUCUGCUUAAGAGGUGCAAGGUCGACCCUCAAACUGGUCUGCGUCUCCUCUCGCUUGCAGACAGAAGGAUGAUGUUCAAGGGUCUCAGAAAGCAGAUCACCAUGGAGGAACUUAUCCGUUCACAGAUCAUUGACGAGAAGACUGUCUCAGAACUGAAUGAGGGGCUGGUUAGUGUGGAGGAAGUGAGCAGCAGACUCCAGAAGUAUCUUGAGGGCGAGGGUGGAAUUGCUGGAGUUUAUGUAGAAACCAACAGAGAACGCCUCUCAAUUUACCAAGCUAUGAAGAGGAACAUGAUUAGGCCAGGCACAGCUUUUGAGCUGCUUGAAGCCCAAGCCGCAACAGGCUAUGUCAUUGAUCCCAUCAAGAACCUCAAGCUGACGGUGAACGAAGCUGUAAGAAUGGGUAUUGUUGGACCCGAAUUUAAAGACAAGCUUCUGUCUGCAGAACGUGCCGUGACUGGCUACAGAGAUCCAUACUCGGGCAAGACCAUUUCUCUCUUCCAGGCCAUGAAGAAAGGCCUCAUUCUGAAAGAUCACGGUAUCCGCCUCCUUGAAGCUCAGAUUGCCACUGGAGGAAUCAUUGAUCCUGAGGAGAGCCAUCGUUUGCCAGUUGAGGUGGCCUACAAACGUGGCUUCUUCGAUGAAGAAAUGAAUGAGAUCCUCACUGACCCAUCUGAUGACACCAAGGGAUUCUUUGAUCCUAACACAGAGGAAAAUUUGACCUAUCUUGGGUUGAUGGAGAGAUGCAUUACAGAUCCCGACACUGGCCUGACACUACUGCUCCUGAAAGAGAAGAAAAGAGAAAGAAAGACUUCAUCAAAGUCCUCUGUCCGCAAACGUAGAGUGGUCAUUGUGGACCCAGAGACCGGCAAAGAGAUGUCUGUCUAUGAAGCGUACCGUAAAGGGCUCAUUGACCACCAGACCUACCUGGAACUGGCAGAGCAAGAGUGUGAGUGGGAAGAGGUUACCAUCACAUCAUCCGAUGGCUCUGUGAAGUCCAUCAUCAUUGACAGGAGAUCAGGCCGACAAUACGACAUCGAUGAUGCCCUUGCCCGAAGCCUCAUUGACCAGGCCUCUCUGGACCAGUACCGCUCCGGACACUUGGCCAUCACCGAAUUUGCUGACAUGCUGUCUGGAAAUAUGGGUGGCUUCCGUUCCCGAUCCUCCUCCUUCGGAUCGUCUUCCUCGUUUCCCAUGAGCCCUGUGCCCUCAAUCAAAACUCCCACCAUGGUCUGGAAUGACCCAACAGAAGUAACUGGUCCAGUAGCUGGAAUUCUCGACACGGACACCUUGGAAAAAGUCUCGAUCACAGAGGCCAUGCACAGAAAUCUGGUCGACAACAUCACUGGCCAGAGAUUGUUGGAGGCACAGGCUUGCACUGGAGGCAUAAUCGAUCCUGCAACAGGUGACAAGUUCUCUGUCGCUGAUGCAACCGAGAAGGGUCUUGUUGAUAAGAUAAUGGUCGACAGAUUAAACCUGGCUCAAAAGGCCUUCAAUGGGUUCGAGGACCCCAGAACUAAAGUAAGAAUGUCUGCCUCUCAAGCCCUGAAGAAGGGUUGGCUGUAUUAUGAAGCCGGCCAGCGCUUCCUGGAGGUGCAGUACCUCACCGGCGGCCUCAUUGAACCAGAUGUUGAAGGAAGAGUUUCCUUAGAGGAGGCCAUUAGAAAAGGUACAAUUGAUGCUCGCACUGCCCAAAAGCUAAGAGAUGUAAGUGCCUACUCAAAAUACCUGACCUGCCCAAAAACCAAGCUAAAGAUUUCUUACAAAGAUGCCAUGGACAGAAGCAUGGUUGAGGAAGGGUCUGGCCUGCGGCUCCUGGAAGCUUCAUCCCAGUCCAGCAAAGGCCUGUACAGUCCUUACAAUGUCAGUGGUGCUGGGUCUGCUUCUGGCUCACGCUCCGGCUCAAGGACCGGAUCAAGAUCAGGUUCAAGGAGAGGUAGCUUCGAUGCCACCGGCUCUGGCUUCAGCAUGAACUUCUCCUCCUCAUCCUAUUCAUCCACCAGCUAUGGCCGAAGAUAUGACGCAGGGCCUCACAAUGCUAUCAACAUGGAUGAACUGGCCAAGGCCCUCACAGCCCUGUCUAUGAUCAGACCCGCUGGUCAAGGCUGCAGCUCACAGGAUCUUAGCCCUUUCACAACAUUACUACCCCUCCACACCUCAGUGGGAGAAAGUGAUAUUGUUCCUGGAGCUGCAGUUCCUCUGGGCAUACGAUCUGGGGGCGACCCAGAGCAGUGGAGCCAGUGGCAGUGGGAGUUCCGGGGUCAGAUCAGGGCGCUGCGGCACUGGCUGAAGAGCAUGGAGAUGAGACUCCCCCCUCUGGACCCAGCUUGUGUCCAUGAGGAGCACAAGAGACCACGUGUGAUCAUGGGUAACCUCGUCAGCAGGCCCAGUUGCCUGGGCAACAAAUCCAAACACGUGCGGACGGACGAGGACUUCCUGAAAGAGUGCUACCAGCGGCGGCGCGAGUGGCCCCUGCCCGAAUUGCGCGACGAGGGCAAGAAGAAGGAGGAGGAGGAGAGCCCGAGCCUGAGCACGGCGGCGCCCACUAGUGGCACUCCAGAGAAGCCCCUCCAGAGAAGCUCCCCGGCCCCUACCGUCACCACUACCAGCACUCUAGACAACGCCUGGCGCAGCACCCCCUCGCCCAUCAAAACCCCACGCAACGGCAACGGCUCUCUCCCCGGCAGGUCCUACCCCCCAGAGCUAAGGCACUCCCCACUGGGCCACUAUGACCGGGGCACCCUGGAGAGGCAGUCUCCGCUGGGGCAUUACGAUAGUAGGGACAGGGGCACCCCCCUGGAGAGACGGACCAGUCUCCAGAGGAGGGACUCGGGGAGCCCCUGGGCAGCCUGGAAGCCACCCAGAAAGGAAGUCACCGAGGUGACGGAGGUGACAGAGACCGUUGUGACAGAGAUUGUGGAGGUGACGGAGUAUCCGCGGAAGGGCGGUGAGCCCAUUGUCACCAGGACUGUGAGAGUCCUCACUGCGGCGGCAGAGGAACUAUCAGAGCUCCAAAGUGAUGGCCAUUCCAGUUCAGACCAAGAUUCCAGUUUGGAGAGAUGGAAGGGUGCUAGAUCAGCACUGACUCUGAGAGAUGAGCUCGGGGACCCUGAGACCUUCCAGCAGAACUUGGACGCCCUCCUCACCUGGGUGUCCGAAAUCGAAGAGCUGACGGCCAAUCAGAAACCUCCAUCCUCUGAGUUUAAAGUGGUGAAAGCGCAGCUCCAAGAACAGAAGCUCCUGCAGCGCCUCCUUGAGGACCGGAAGCCUAGCAUGGAGGCGAUGAUGUCAGAGGGCCCGCUCCUGGCUGAGGGUCUGGAGGGAGACGAGGGGGAGAAGACCCGGCAGAAGCUGUGCAGCCUGCAGCUGAAGUGGGAGGCACUGCGCAUCAGCGCUGAGAGCAGGCGAUCGAGUCUGGAGCUGAUUUCGCCCAAAGCUCAGCUGUUUCAGGAGAGUACGGACCGGCUGCAGCAGUGGCUGAUAUCAGUGGAGCAGGACCUGGCUGAGCUGCGCACUGCUGAGAGAGGGAUGCUCCAUCUUCAGGAGGCCACGGAGCAGGCCAAGGCUGUGCAGGAACAAAUCAAGGCCAAAAAUGCUGAUUUGUUGAAUGUUCAACAAAACGGUCAUGAUCUCAUGGAAAAGGUUUCAGAGGAGGAGUCGCAGCUGGUGCAGGAGCGUGUGGACGGGCUGCGUAUCCGCUACUCGGUGCUGAGCCUGAGUAGCGUGGACGUGCUGCAGAGGCUGGAGCAGGCCCUGGAGGCCUCCAGCAGAUGCACCUCCAGCCAGGAGGACCUGCACCUGUGGCUGGGCCGCAUCGAGAGGGAGCUCCUGGGGGGAGGAGGACCAGGAGCAGGAGGAGCAGCAGCUGGAGGAGGAGGAGACGCAGCGCUGUGCGCAGCCGAAAGACAGAGGUUGGAGCAGGCAAUAGAGAAGGAGAUGGCCUGGUUUAAAGUGACCUCUGUGGCUCUGGAGAAUCUAAAAGCCAUCACCCUGGAUGCAGACCUGAUCUCCUCUCAGCUCUAUGAGCAAAAGAUACUCUCAGUGGAAAUCCUGCAGCAUAGGUUUAAUAUCGAAAAGAUGGUGAAGAUCUCCGAGAUCCUACGGACGUACGGAGAGGAGGGGGAGACAGAGGGACUACAGAUGCAGCUCGAUGCCCUUCAGGAGCAGUGCCACGUCACCUCUGCCACCAGCUCCCACGUGGUGCUGCAGUUGGAGCAUGCCCAGUCGCUGCUGGCCCAGUUCGCCGAGGGCCAUACCGAGGUGUUGCCAUGGCUGCAGGAGACCAAAGGCCUGGCCGAGCGGCUCUCUCUGACCACCAUCAGCUACCAGGCCUUCAGGGAACAACAGGACCUCAUACAGGGCCUGAGGGAGUCCAUUGCGGAGCAUAAGCCUCUCAUCUCGCGUCUGGGGAUGCUGGCGAAGCGUCUGUCGGACUUGAACGCAGUCCAGGGGGAGGAGUUUAGCCGACGCGCCAAGGAGGCAGAGCAGCAGCACCAGGCCAUCAGGGAGCGGGUACGAGAGGCGGCCAGCCUCCUGGAGGAGUCACUGCCUCGCUUCACACAGCUAAAUGAGCGCAUGAUUGUGAUCGGCGAGAGCCUGGAGCGUCUGCGCAGCCACAUGCAGUCUGCGGCCACGCUACAGGGUCUGACGCCGCGCAUCCAGGAGCAGCUGCAGGACAAUAAGCAGACGCUGGCCGAGCUCUCUAAGCUGGAGCUGGGCCUCAGCAGUGUCAGGAGCCAGGCUGACGAGCUGCUCGCCAACACGCAGGCCGCGGGACACGCAUCUAUUGGAACAGCAAUCCAGGAGAGAGUGUCGGGCCUGUUGAAGCAGUGGCAGGAGACCCAGACACAGGCUCAGGAGAGAGACAGCUGGCUGCUCAACCUGCUGGACCUUGCUGUCAAGUUCUGGAAUGACGUUAGUGACGUCACCGUGGGUCUGGCUGACGCCCAGCAGGCGGUUCUGGACCUGAACGCCAACAGGUCCGACUCGGAGACCAUACGCCAAAGCCUGGAGACCAUGCAGACACUCAGAGAAGACAUUGACGGCCUUCAGGGAGAUCUGGACACGCUUGGAAUUCUGGGAAUGGAGCUGAUGUCAGCUUGUGGAGACACCGAUAAACCUGAUGUAACCAAGAGCUUAGAUGAGCUGUAUAGCACUUGGAACAAUCUAAGUAAGAUCUGGACAGAGUGCCAGACCAGGCUGGAGGAAUCGCUGCAGAUGGCCCUGCAUUACCAAGACACUAUGCAGGGUCUGUUUGAGUGGCUCAAGUCUGCUGAGCUGAGGUCAACUGAGGAGUUCCUGGUAGGCUCUGACCUGGGAUCAGUGAAGGAACAGCUCUGUGACUUGAAGGUGUUUAAAAGGGAGCUGUACCAGAAGAAGAUUGAGAUUGAGAGCCAGAACCAUCGCUUUGUGUGCCGCCUGUCUCCUGGCUCUGAGCGACCUGGUUCUGUUUCACCCCUGUGUGACUUCCGCCAGCGCUGGGACAUUCUGGAGUCCGAGACAGUUGGUCGGCAGCACCAGUUGGAGUGUGCCCUGCUGGGCCUGGGUCAGUUCCAGAACACGCUGGAUGAGCUCCACUCCUGGCUGGCCCACAGCGCACAGCAGCUCCAGAGCCCCAGGCCCUUCAGCAUCGACCUGCAGACCUGCGAGAUAGAGCUGGCCAAGCACAAGGUAUUGCGCAAUGACGUGAUGUCCCACGUCCACACGGUGGAGCAGCUGAAUCAGGCGGGCCGCAGCCUGCUGGAGGCCGGGUCAGGUGACAGCCCCCACGGCCUGCAGCCCCGGCUGGAGGACCUGAACGAGCGCUGGGAGUUCGUACGCUGCGAGACCGAGCGCCGGCAACUGGAGCUGGAGAACAACCUCAGCCAGGUCCAAGAUGUUACCAUGGAGAUCCAGGACCUUCUGCAGUGGCUGGAGAACACAGAUGUGAGGUUAUCCUCCAGCAAGAUGGUGUGGGGAAUGCCUGACUCCGCCAACGAGAGACUCAGUGCACAUCUGGAGCUGUGCAAUGAGAUGGAGUCUAAGCUGCAUGGCUACUCCAACGUGAGGAACUCCAUCCACCGGAUGCUGGAGGGGAGCAACGUGGCCCGCGGCUCCAGCACUGAACACAGCCUGUGCAUCCUGGAACAGAAGUGGAACACCGUCUACGCCAAAAUGCAAGAACGCAAGGCUAAGUUGACUGAGGGAUUGAGCCUGGCAAAGGAGUUUAACAGUAAUGUGCAAGACCUGUUGACCAAAAUGGCCAAGUGUGAGGAGUCGAUAGGAUAUCUAGCUCACCCAAGCUAUGUCCUCGAUCACGUCUGCGGCCAGCUGCAGGAUCAUAAGGUUCUGAUAAGUGAGGUGCACGGCUAUGGCGAGAGGAAGACGGCGUUGGAGAACGCGGCGUCCAAGAUCACGGAGUUGAGCCGCAAGGAGGACUGUGACGUUGUCCAGAACCUCAUCAUGACCGUGCAGGACCGCUACAGGAAGCUGCAUCAGCGCGCCGCGGACAGGGGCAAGGCCCUGGAGGAAGUUAAGAAACAGGCCAAACAGUUCAAAGAGUCAUGGCACAUCCUGGUGGACUGGAUGACAGAGGUGGAGCAGACACUGGACACCCAUAAGGAAAUCGCCGUGUCACACGAGGAAAUCAAGGAACAGCUGACAGAACAAAAGGAGUUCCAGAAGUUAGUGCGGUCCAAGAGGCCCAUGUACGAGGCCACGCUGAAGAACGGCCGCUCCCUGGUGGAGAAGUCGGAGACUCUGCGGGACCGGCAGCACCUGGAGAACAUGGUGUCCGAGCUGAGGGACGCCUGGGACACCAUCACCGGGAAGUCUAUGGAGAGGCAACACAAGUUGGAGGAGGCCCUGCUGUUUUCGGGGCGGUUUACUGAUGCGCUUCAGGCCCUUAAUGACUGGCUAUUCAGGGCCGAGCCCCAGCUCGCUGAGGACCUACCUGUCAGGGGAGAGAAGGACAUGGUCAUCAAUCUCAUAGACAAGCACAAGGUGUUCCAGAGGGAGCUGGGUAAGCGAGCCGGGUGCAUCAGGACCCUGAAGCGCUCCGUGCGGGACCUGAUGCGCAGCAGCAUGGCCGACUCCCAUUGGCUGCAGCAGCAGAUGGAGGAGCUGGAGGGCCGCUGGGAGGCCGUGUGCAAGCUCUCCGUCUCCAAGCAGGACAGGCUGGAGGAGGCUCUCAGACAGGCAGAGGACUUUGAUACCAAAGUUCACACAUUCCUGGACAAACUGGCAGAUGUGGAAAGAGAGCUGAAAUAUGGAGCCAUUCCAGAGGAGGAAGAGGCUCUCCUGGAGUUCUUCAAACAACACAAGGAGUCCAUGAGUGCCCUGAGCUGCCAGGAGAUGGCGCUAGAGUGCAUCCGUACGCUGGGAGAGGACAUCCUGUCAUCCUGCCAUGCCGAUUCGGUCAUUACCAUCAAGUCAUGGAUCAGCGUCACCAAGACACGCUUUGAGGAGGUCCAGUCGUGGGCCCAGCAGCAGGGGGAGCGUAUCCAGGUGGGGCUGGCGGCGGUGGAGGCCGAGCGGGAGGAGGUGCAGCAGCUACUGGACUGGAUCUCCUCCGCAGAGGAGUCGCUCAAGCUGAGGGACCAGGAGACGCUACCUGCAGACCUGGAACUGAUGGAGGAGGUCCUCAUGCAACACGCGGCUUUCAUGGAGGAGUUGACUCGUAAGUCUCCAGAAGUGGAGAAUGCGACACGGUCCUGCAAACAGAAGCACAUUCCCAAGCAGCCAGCCUCCUCCCCUCGCAAGACGCCCACCAGGAAAAGAGGCACACUGAAACCACAGCCCUCCAUUGUGUUGCCAUUGGAAAACCUAGAGCCUCACACCCCUCAUCUGUGUCAGCUGGUCAGCUGCUGGAGACAGCUCUGGCUGCUCGCACACACCAGGCAACGCAAGCUAGAGGAGCACCAGCAGAGACUCAGAGAGUUGGAGGAGUUUGCGAACUUUGACUUCAAUGUCUGGCGCAAGCGAUACAUCCAGUGGAUAAGCCACAUGAAGUCUCGUAUUCUGGACGUCUUCCGGGGCAUUGACAGGGAUCAGGACGGCAGAAUCUCCCAGAAGGAGUUCGUCGACAGCGUCCUCUCCUCCAAAUUCCCCACCAACGUGCUGGAAAUGAACGCAGUUGCCAACAUCUUCGACCUGAAUAACGAUGGCUACAUCGACUACUAUGAGUUUGUGAGCGCGCUACACCCAAGCAGGGAUCCAUACCGGAGGCCGCUAGAUGCGGACCAAAUCAAUGAAGAGGUGAGCCGCCAGGUGUCCCAGUGUAACUGUCCUAAGAGGUUCCAGGUGGAACAGAUCAGUGCCAAUCGCUACAGGUUUGGAGACUCUCAGCAGUUGCGAAUGGUGCGUAUUCUGCGCAGCACCCUGAUGGUUCGAGUAGGUGGAGGAUGGACCGCUCUGGAUGAGUUCCUUGUGAAGAAUGACCCUUGCAGAGUGAAAGGGCGUACCAACCUGAAAAUCAAAGAGAAGUACCUGUCCCCAGACUCGUUUGACACGUCGGGCCUGCGGCAGAAAGGGCUAACCGUGAGCCGCUCCAACUCCAGCCUCAGCCUCUACAGCAGUGCGUCAGCUCCCAGCAGCCCCCUCACACGCAAGACCCUGCUGAGGAGGAGUUUCUCUGGCGAUCGCUGCGUUCGACCCAGGAGCUCCAUCGCUGCUCUGGGAUCAGACAUGUCAUUCCCCACCGCAGGAGACGAUGACUCACUCUCACCCUCAGAUGAAGCUGAGAGAGCUCCAACAUGAAGCCAUCAUGUGCCU